ACCGCCAUUGCGUAACCAUAACUACUGACUGUAAAUAGCAGCAGGUAAUGUCACAAUAAAGUGUAGGGGUUACCGAAAAACAGUAUAGGAGCAGCAUUUAUACAGUAUGCCUGGCAGUGCAAUUUCUGCGGCAGGAAGUUCUGCUUCCUCCUCAUCAUCAAGAAGAGCGAAAACACGCAAUUAUAGAGUUGUUAGUCACACAUCUCAGGUGGAUGAAACAUUAUUUGGUGCCCCUAACCAUGUUGGACAGAGAAAUCAAAUGUUAAAAGAAAAAAUGGAGAAUGUAAGAGAUGACGGGAUCUCCAUUGAAGAACUUGCACGAGAAAGAAGUGCAAAAAGGAAAAAUUCAAAAAGAGGCAAAAGUGACAAAGAAACUGUUCAAGUUAUAACAAAGGAUCUUAUUAGAAAUUUAGUUGUCCCUGGUGAGGACCCCUCUGGACAGUCCAUCAUUCUCCCACGUCAUGAGUUUUACAGAAUGGUAAUGGAAGCUCAAGUCAAAACAAAGGAGCAGAAAGAAGCUGAGGAAGCUGCCAUUAAAAGACAGAAAGAGGAAAUGAUGGAGGCCAGUCAGCAGAGAAAGAAUCUGAUGAAACAGAAAGAUAUGGAGAGAAGGAAAAAUGAAAAGUUAAAUGAUUUGGAACAAGAGGCCAAAGAAAAUGCUGAACAUUUGCUUUCCAAGGCAAAUGCCAUGAGACAAGAACAGGAAGAUGAGAUUAAACAUUUAAAUGAGCUGAUUCUCAAUGCAAAAUGCCAUGCCAUUAGAGAUGCUCAGAUUCUGGAGAAGAAACAGAUAAAGGGCGAGAUGAUGGAGGAGGAUAAGAGACUGGAUGUGAUGAUGGAGGUAGACAGACAGAAUGCUAUUGCCAUCCAGGAAGAGAUUGAGAAAAAGAGGAAGGGGGAGAGACUCCUGGGGGCAGCCAAACUCCUGGAUCAGAUUCAGGAGAAUGAACAGGAGCGGCUGUUUGAUCUGGAGAGGAAAGAUCAAGAAAAUAUCCAGAUGCAGAAAUACAUCGAGAAAAUGAUGGAUGAGGAUAAAGUUGCACUGGAGAAGAAGCAUGCAGAGCAAAUGUCACUUAGGGAGGACUUAAACAAAGCCAAUGAAGAUUUGCUGCGAAGACGGGAAAUUAAAAAGGAACAAGAAAUAGCUGAGGAACAGAAAGUUGUAGAAUACAUGAAGAAGAAAGCAGAAAGAGAAGCUGCAUUUGAAAAGGAACAAGAAAGAAUCAGAAUUGAAAAGGAGAAGGAAACAGCCAGAUUACGGGCCCUUCAGGAGCGGGCUCGAGAUGAGCAAGCUGAGCGUGAUGCCCUCCGAGCCAAGAGAGCCCAGGAACAGGCCGAGAGAGAAUGGAGGAAGAAGGAGGCUGAAGAGGCCAGGAAGAAGACCGAGAUGGAGUCUGCACUCAUUCAAGCUCGCUCUCAGCAAAUGCAACAGAAAGAACACUUCUUGGCAGUCCAGGCUCAGAGAGAACGAGCCGAGUUUGAGAGAGUGCUUAGAGCUCAAAAGGAGUUGGUGGAGAAAGAGAAGAGGGAGGAACAGGAGGCCAGUAAGAAGAAGCUGCUUCAUGCAGAGGAUGUCAGGAAACAGAUCCGUAACAAGGAGCAGGCUCGUAUCCUCGAGAGGAACGCUUUCUUUGAGGAGGGUGUGAAGUUAGACGAAGAGGCUAGAGAAAGGAGGCAGAAAUUAGAGGAAGUGAAGAAGAAGAAACUGAAUGAAUUAAGGGCGGCUGGCAUACCAGACAAAUACUUAGCUCAAGUGGAGAGGCAGGUCAAUCAACCUCAACAUAUCUGUACCUAACCCGGAUCAUAAACAACAGUGGGACAAACUCAGAAUUACAUUUAUAUUGUGGGGGAGAUAACUCUGUCUGACUGUAGUUUCAUUCAUCAUCUGUGAUAAAUUUAUUUGUUUUAUUUUCAUUCAGUAUUCAUGAAUUUUAAAUAGGAAGACUGGAUUUUAAAUUAGAAAGCGACUGGCAUUUAUAUGUUAUUGAGCAACUGUUUUUAGUGAAUGUUACUUUUGUUUUGUUGAAUAUUUUCAUAUAUUUGUUACAUGUCACCUGCUGUCAUGUUCUGAUGAGAAACUGAAAUAGGAGACCAAGAAACAUAAAGCCCCUCUCCAUAUCAGCAGUGCUAAUUAUUUAAUAUCUGCACAUAUUAAACGUUCCAGUGUGUCACUUUAUUUUGAUACCCCCUUUAAAAUCUUGGUCUUAACAUACUUGUAUGACAAUGAUGUAUUUAAUUAUUUGUAAAUACAAUAAAUCACUGAAAUAUAUAUAAUAAACUGAUGUGAAUAAAUUGA